AUGCCAUUUCUCAACGUCGCCUCUGCAGGACGCUUACGUGUCUUUUACCAUGGCGAGCAGCCCUUGUCCGACAUCCGCUCCCUGCGUGACUGCGGCCUGUCGCACGAGUCCGAAGUCCAUGUCAUGGUGGCUGCCGAGUCAGGUCGCCGCGCCACACAGGGGCGCCUCAUGCCGGUGCGCGUGCGCUGCUUUUGGGAGGAGGUCCGCGACCUGGUGCUGGCGCUGCGCGCUCGCGCUUCCGUGGCGGAGCUCAAGGAGGCGGCGCGUAUGGAGCUGGCCGCCAACGCCGACCACGUGCUGCGCGCCGUACGGGUAGGCCUGCCCUGCGGCCUGGCCGACGAGUGGCUGCUGUCGGAGGUGGUGGACGAGGACUCCAGGGUGCACCUCAUCGUCAGCACACGUCAGGACCGAUCGAAAAUGCGCCUCCGCGUCCAGACGCUCUCGAACACGGAGUUGAAACUGCUGGUGCCGCGGUCGGCCCGCGUCGAAGACCUUAAGAGGCAGAUCCAGGCGGAGGAGGGCUUCCCACCUCACCUCCAGCGCGUGCUCUUUGCCGGCGAGGCCCUUGAGGAUCACGCCCUGCUGACGGACUACGGCAUCACCAGCCAGUCUCAGCUCCGGGUCGUGCUCAAUCUCCGGGGCGGCGGCACCGAGCCCCUGCCGGAGGGCGCCGAGACGGUGGAGGCCGUGGCCCCGGCCGAGGUCAAGGGCGAUGGCACGAGGGACAAAGAGGAGGCCGGCAACGAGGACGCCACACUGGCCGUGGCCAAGGUCGUGGCCGGAGAGCGCCGCGCGCCGCCACCGACAUCGCGGUCCAACCUCAAGGUCCUCAUGAUCUCCGCCGCACCGCUCCUUGUGAUCGAGGUGGCCUUAGAGGCUGCUAGCGCAGGAGCACCCGCAGCACCUGCUUCGAAGCGGAUUCGCAUCUCCUAGUCCCCUUUUUAAAUUUUUUUUAAAAUUCAUUGUAAUUGUAUUUCAAUGUCCUAUGACCCUUUUACUAAUUGUAUUUUUUUAAAAUUCUCGCUUAAUGCGCGUCGGCUUUUAAGUCUUCGACAUGAUUUUUAAAUGAGUGCUCUUGGCUAGGAUGCUGUUUUUUAAUUAUGUUCAUGAACAUAAUCUUAUUGUGUUUUAAAAGACAUGUAUGCAUGUACUAUCUGAAUUUAGUUCCUUUGAGUUGAGUUAUUUGCGAAUGGAACUAAUACAUCUCCUUUUUUGAAGAAAA